AAAAUUUUGUAUUUGACUGGCUAAUCAACGCAGACAGGGUUGUCAGUCAGGUUGAGUAUCCUUCAUUAGUUGACUUGAGAGGGCUUCUCUUGGACCUCGUUGCACAGCUUUUAGGUGCUUUAUCAAAAAUCAGGUUUAGUUCUGUGACAGAACGAUUUUUCAUGGAAUUGAAUACUCGACGAAUCGACACCAGUGUUGCAAGAAGCGAGACACUAAGUAUAAUAAAUGGAAUGCGUUAUCUUAAGUUAGGGGUUAGAACUGAGGGUGGCUUGAAUGCAUCUGCAUCCUUUGUAGCAAAAGCAAAUCCUCUCAAUCGACUUGCUCAUAAAAGGAAAAGUGAGCUCCAUCAUGCCCUCUGCAAUAUGCUUUCAAGCAUAUUAGCACCUCUCACAGAGGGAGGAAAGAACGAGUGGCCUCCUUCAGGGGUGGAUCCAGCUCUUACGUUGUGGUAUGAAGCUGUUACUCGAAUUAGAGGCCAACUUAUGCAUUGGAUGGAAAAACAGAGCAAGCAUAUUACGGUUGGGUUUCCCUUGGUGACUCUUCUUCUCUGCCUUGGUGAUCCACAAACAUUCAAUGGUAAUUUUGGGCCGCAUAUGGAGCUUUUGUACAAAUAUCUCAAAGAUAAGAAUCAUCGUUCAAUGGCAUUGGACUGUCUCCAUCGUGUGGUGAAGUUUUACCUAAGCGUAUAUGCUAGUUACCAACCAAAAAAUCGUGUAUGGGAUUAUCUAGAUAGUGUAACUUCACAGUUGCUGACAGUUUUAAGAAAAAGCUUGUUAACUCAGGAUGCUCAGCAUGAUAAGCUUGUCGAAUUUUGUGUGACUAUAGCUGAAAGCAAUCUUGAUUUCUCAAUGAACCAUAUGAUAUUGGAGUUAUUGCGACCAGAUGGUUCUAGUGAUGCAAAAGUUAUUGGUUUGAGGGCUUUGCUUGACAUUGCGAAGUCCUCCUCAAGUAAACGUCCUGGAUUGGAAGUUUUCCAAGAUCAUGAUAUUGCUCAUCACAUCCCAAAAGUUAAAUCUGCAAUUGAGUCAAUAUUAAGGGCUUGCAACAGAACAUAUAGUCUAGCUCUUCUUACUUCAUCCAAGGCUACUAUAGAUACCAUUUCAAAAGAAAAAUCACAAGGAUCUCUAUUCAAGUCUGUUCUCAAGUGCAUACCAGAUUUGAUAGAAGAAGUUGGAAGAAGUGAUAAAAUAACAGAUAUAAUUCCUCAGCAUGGAAUAAGCAUUGAUCCUGGUGUUCGUGAGGAAGCAGUGCAAGUGUUGAACCGGAUUGUACGUCAUCUCCCUCACCGUCGUUUUUCAGUAAUGAAGGGAAUGGCAAACUUUAUAUUGAAACUUCCAGAUGAGUUUCCACUUCUUAUUCAAACUCAGCUUGGCCGCCUGGUGGAUUACAUGCGUUUGUGGAGGGCUUGCUUGUCUGAUGAAAGUAUGAUUGAUGAUAUUCACAACAUAAAACAACCAGCUCUUGGAAAUGAGAAAGUCCACAAUUCUUUUCAACUGUCAGUAGGUCCUUCUGAAUUCCAAGCAUCAGAAAUGGAUGCACUUGGUCUUGUUUUUCUCUGUUCUGUUGAUGUUCAGAUAAGGCAUAUUGCUUUGGAGUUAUUACGCUGUGUCCGUGCACUAAGAAAUGAUUUGAAGGACAUUUCAUUGUUGAAGGAGAAUUCUAAGGAGAAGAUGAAAUAUGAAGCAGAGCCAAUAUUUAUAAUUGAUGUCUUGGAAGAAAAUGGGGAUGACAUUGUUCAAAGUUGCUAUUGGGAUUCUAGUCGUCCUUAUGAUUUGAGGCGCGAGUUUGAUCCUGUUCCGACUGAUGUGUCCCUGCAAUCCAUUCUUGAAAGUCCAGAUAAGAAUAGAUGGGCUAACUGUCUUAGUGAGAUUGUGAAAUAUGCUGGCGAACUUUGCCCUAAUGCUGUUCGAGAAGCAAGGUUAGAGGUUAUGCAAAGGCUUGCUCUUAUCACACCCAUGGAACUAGGUGGGAAGGCCCAUCAAGUUCAAGAUGCAGAAAACAAACUUGACCAAUGGGUCAUGUAUGCAAUGUUUGCGUGCUCCUGUCCUCCGGAUAAUAGAGUAGAUGGUGGCAUAUCAACAGCCAAAGAACUUUUUCAUCUUAUCUUUCCAUCUUUAAGGCAUGGGUCUGAGGUGAAUGCUCUUGCGGCCACCAAUGCUCUGGGUCAUUGUCAUCUUGAAUUAUGUGAAGUCAUGUUUGGAGAGCUUGCAUCUUUCAUUGAAGAUGUUUGGUCAGAGUCAGAGGGGAAACAGAAAUGGAAGAAUCAAAAAUUUCGCCGUGAAGAACUCCGAGUGCAUAUUGCGAAUAUUCAUCGUGCUGUUGCAGAGAAAAUUUGGCCGGGGAUGUUGCGUCGCAAACCUGUUCUCCAUUUACAUUUUAUGAAGUUCAUUGAUGAAACAUAUCGCCAAUUGUUAACAUCACCUUCUGAAAGUUUUCCAGAUUUGCAGCCUCUUCGGUAUGCAUUAGCUUCUGUCAUAAGAUAUCUUGCGCCAGAGAUUGUCGACUCUAAGUCAGAGAGGUUUGAUGUCAGAACAAGAAAGAAGAUUUUUGACUUGCUCAUGACUUGGUGUGAUGAAUCUGGAAGCGUGUGGGGACAAGAAGGCAUUAGUGAUUAUCGUCGAGAAGUAGAGCGGUACAAAUCAGGACAACACGGUCGAUCCAGGGAAUCCAUAGACAAAAUCACAUUUGAUAAGGAGGUGAUUGAACAGGUAGAAGCAGUUCAAUGGGUUUCCAUGAAUGCUAUUGCCUCUCUUCUAUAUGGACCUUGCUUUGAUGAUAACGCUAGAAAGCUGACUGGACGGGUGAUAUCUUGGAUCAAUAAUUUGUUCAUUGACUCAGCACCAAGAGCACCUUAUGGAUAUUCACCUGUAGAUCCACGCACACCAUCAUAUUCGAAGUAUACAGCAGAUGGAGGGCGUGCAGCAGGGGCACGAGACAAACAUAAAGGAGGCCAUCUCCGUGUUCCAUUAGCAAAGACUGCUUUAAAAAAUCUUAUUCAAACAAAUUUGGAUCUUUUUCCAGCUUGUAUGGACCAGGCUUAUAAAAGGCUACCCCAGGGGAAGCAAUUAGGUUGCCUUUACUUGGGUGUUGAUGGUUCAAAUCAUGAAAAUAGUCACUCUGCAAUGCAAAGGAAGUGCUACGCUUCGGAGCCUCACUUCUUGGCAGAUGGUUACUUCAGUGUCCUGGCAGAAGUGUACAUGAGAUUAGAGAUUCCAAAGUGUGAGGUACAGAGGCUUGUCAGCUUGAUUCUUUAUAAAGUGGUUGAUCCUUCCAGGCAAAUUCGUGAUGAUGCUCUUCAAAUGUUGGAAACACUCUCUGUUCGUGAGUGGGCUGAGGAUGAUACUGAGAGUGCCAGCCAUUAUAGAGCUUCUGUAGUAGGCAACCUUCCUGAUUCUUACCAACAGUUUCAAUAUAAAUUAUCCGCUAAACUUGCCAAAGACCACCCAGAACUGAGCGAGCAGCUCUGUGAAGAAAUCAUGCAGCGUCUACUUGAUGCUGUGGACAUAAUUGCGCAGCAUCAAGUACUUACAUGUAUGGCUCCAUGGAUUGAGAACUUAAAUUUCUUGAAACUAUGGGAAUCUGGGUGGAGUGAGAGAUUACUUAAAAGUCUUUAUUAUGUCACUUGGAAACAUGGGGAUCAGUUUCCUGAUGAGAUUGAGAAAUUAUGGAGCACUGUUGCAAGUAAUACAAGGAAUAUCAUACCAGUUUUGGACUUCUUGGUCACCAAAGGAAUUGAAGAUUGCGAUUCGAAUCCAUCGGCAGAAAUUAGUUGGGCUUUCGCCACGUAUUUCUCAGUUGCCAAACGUGUGAGUUUGUAUCUUGCACGCAUCUGCCCACAGCAAACCAUUGAUCACUUGGUGUGCGAGUUGUCUCAGAGGAUGUUAGAGGAUAGUGAGGAUCUUGUUAGGCCAGGAAAGGUGGAUCCUACUGCAAACAUUGUUCUGGAGUUCUCCCAAGGACCAACAAUGGCACAGCUUGCAACUGUUGUAGAUAGCCAACCUCACAUGUCACCUCUGCUUGUUCGAGGAUCUCUUGAUGGUCAUCUGAAGAAUGCUAGUGGGAAUUUGAGCUGGAGGACUUCAACUGUGACAGGUCGAAGCAUCUCAGGACCAUUAAGCCCAAUGCCUCCUGAGGUUAACAUUGUUGCUGCUACUGCUGGCCGGUCAGGGCAGUUGCUUCCAUCAUUGAUGAAUAUGUCAGGGCCUUUGAUGGGCGUCCGAGGUUCAACGGGAAAUCUGAGAAGCCGUCACGUGUCAAGGGACAGUGGAGACAUCUUUAUUGAUACACCAAACUCUGGUGAAGAUAUAUUGCACCAAGCAAGUAGUGGGUUGCAUGGCAUUAAUGCUACUGAACUUCAAUCAGCCCUGCAGGGACAUCAACACUCGUUAUCACGCGCAGAUAUAGCAUUAAUUUUACUUGCUGAAAUUGCAUAUGAGAAUGAUGAAGAUUUUCGUGAGAACUUGCCCUUACUCUUCCAUGUUACAUGUGUUUCCAUGGAUAGCUCAGAGGAUAUUGUGCUUGAGCAUUGCAAGAAUUUGCUUGUUAAUUUGCUUUACUCCCUUGCUGGUCGGCAUUUGGAGCUAUAUGGAACUGCAAACAGUGAAGGAGAAAAUAAGCAUAAAGUAGAAAGCCUUAUAAAGUAUAUUCAGUCUAAGCGUGGUUGUUUAAUGUGGGAGAAUGAAGAUUCAACGCCUGUUCAUAUAGAACUUCCUAGUGCUGCACUGCUAUCUGCACUUGUACUGGACAUGGUUGAUGCCAUAUUUUUCCAAGGAGACCUUCGUGAGACUUGGGGUAUCGAGGCACUCAAAUGGGCAGUAGAGUGCACUUCUAGGCACCUUGCUUGUCGUUCCCACCAAAUAUAUCGAGCUCUUCGGCCUAGCGUGAAAAGUGAUAAUUGCGUGUUGUUACUCCGAUGCCUUCACAGGUGCUUGGGAAAUCCUGUACCACCUGUUUUAGGCUUUGCUAUGGAGAUUCUCCUAACAUUACAAGUGAUGGUUGAGAAUAUGGAGCCCCAGAAGGUUAUCCUAUAUCCACAGCUGUUUUGGGGGUGUGUUGCUAUGAUGCAUACAGACUUUAUACAUGUGUACUGUCAGGUGCUAGAGUUGUUUUCCCGUGUGAUUGACCGUCUGUCAUUACACGAUCGAACAACUGAGAACGUGUUGUUAUCAAGUGUGCCGCGAGAUGAGUUUGACACCUAUGGUCCUAAUGGUGCAGAGCUUCAAAGGGAAGAAUCACGCCCUGGUCCAGAGUCUUUGCCAUCUGGUGGCAAGGUGCCAACAUUUGAAGGAGUGCAACCAUUAGUCCUGAAAGGACUCAUGUCCACCAUUAGCCAUGGAUCCGCAAUCGAGGUGUUAUCGAAAAUAACCAUCCCUAGCUGUGAUUCCAUAUUUGGGAGCCCAGAGACACGUCUAUUAAUGCACAUUACAGGUUUGUUACCUUGGUUAGGGCUGCAGCUGAACAAGGACUUGCCUCUUGUUGGAUCAGCAUCACCCCUCCAACAUCAGUACCAAAAGGCAUGUUUGGUUGCUUCAAACAUUUCAUACUGGUGCCACAAGAAGUCUUUGGAUGACCUCGCCGAGGUGUUCUUAGCUUAUUCACAAGGUGAGAUAACUUCAACUGAAGGUCUCUUUACCCGUGCAUCACCAGCCAUUUGCGCCGAAUGGUUUCCUAAACACUCCUCCUUAGCAUUUGGACAUCUACUAAGACUUCUUGAGCGAGGGCCAGUUGACUACCAGCGCGUGAUACUCCUACUGCUCAAAGCUCUCCUACAUCAAACUCCAGUAGAUGCAGCUCAGAGCCCUCAUGUCUAUGGCAUUGUAUCACAAUUAGUGGAAAGUACCUUAAGCAGGGAGGCAUUGAGUGUGCUAGAAGCACUUUUGCAAAGUUGCAGCACCUUAGCAGGCGAUCAUGGUGAUGAACUUGGUUCAACAGAGAAUGGAUAUGGAUUAAGUGAAAAAUCUUUGCAAAGUAUACUAGCACCUCAAAGUUCAUUCAAGGCUAAGAGCGGGCAACUGCAGUAUGUCGCCGCCGGGUCUGCGUUUGGGGUGGGAUCUACAACUCAUGCUACUGCUGAUGGUGGGCAAUCACAGAGGGAGAUAUCCCUUCAGAAUACUCGCAUGAUACUUGGUCGUGUUCUCGAUACUUGUGCCCUCGGUCGAAAGAGGGACUACAAGCGACUUGUGCCAUUUGUGGCCAACAUUGGAAACUCAUGAUUUCAUGGAUUAGUCAGAAGCUUCUUUGGGCUCCCAUCUCGUGUGAAACAGUAUUCUGUGAUAGCUGCUUCCUCACAGUGCAAUGUGAGCUCAUGCUGAUUCACAGAAUAAGCUUAUAAGAGAUUUGCUUGGUGAGAUAUCCAUAUUUGUAUAUACUAAGAAUAUAUCCAACUUGUCUUAUGGAAAUAAGUUGCUAGCAUUCUAUUUUGUAAUUAUGUAAAUGACAGGAUUAGCUUGUAAAGUUGUUUUAGAAACUCACAGAUGGCUGGUAACAUUAUCCAUCCUGCUUGCUAAAGAUCUCUCAUUUCAAUCACUUCACUAUUUGAUGAUAUCAGGGAUCAGUUUCUUGAAGGAAGAAUGGAUGUAAUGCUUUAGUUGUCAUAUUA